UGGGUUUCAUGGUUGAGCUUGUGUUAAACUUCAUAGUAAUGAAAUAUUCUGAUGCAACUUGUGUGCCCUUUGUUGUGGAUUUCGUCUUAAAAUGGUGGGGACUCGGUUCCACCCACAACCGCACAAAUAUUAGCUAACAAUGCAGACUGAAAUCUGUGCGUGCUGCUAACAGUUACCGAUUCAGCCAGGUUUGCUCCUAAUGCUACAAGAGCUGGCUGAGAUGAACCACCAUGAAUACCAAAUAUAGUUCAACAAGGUUAAUGGGCUUAACGUUGCUAAAGCUUGUGAUAUUAACGCGGCUAACGUUAAUGCAUAAUGUGAUGCAAAUGAUUGUAUUGUAGAGAAUGAAAUAGACACAUCCAAAUUAAGGUUGUCUUCAACUCAUUCCUCCACUAUGCCACUAAUCAGGACCUGAGACACUUCACUGUAUUUCUUAACUGAAACUUAAAUCUCUUGGUAGCAACUGGAAAGUAAACAUUAGUUGCCAUGCGUAUCAGUCUCUGCCAGGGCCUGUUAACUGGCGCCAUCAUCCUCAACCUUCUCAUUCUCUACUAUGUGUCCCGGGCCCAGCAGCAAAUGAUGGAGAAGAGGAAGGAACUUGGCAGGGGCACGAGGAGGUCUGCCCUACCAGCCUCUGGUCUGGGGGGAGGCCUAGGGGCACUUGUUGGAGCUGGAGGUGAGCCUGGAGUGGUCGGAGCGGAGGGACAUAGCCGUGGCCCUCGUGUGACUGUUCUUCUUCGGGAGUUCGAAAACUUUGAGAAUUAUGUUGGGGAUGUGGCUAAUUCCUUUCUCCGCCAGAGACCUGAGCUUCCCUUCCUGGCUGUGGCUGACACAUCUCCAUACCCUCCCCUGAUGCUUCCAGAGGGGGCGCGACUUCUAGUGCUCUCCCCCAGUCCGGACCAGCCACCGCAAGCUCACCGGCCAGAGUACCACGUCCAGACAGAGUUUGUGCUCCUGGUGCCUGAUGGGGUGGAGCUGGAGCAACCGCGGGCUAUCGAGAGGCUGAUCAGGGAGUUGGAAGGUGAGGGUGGGGGGCCUGUGAGGCUGGUGGCUGCACCCGUACUGGCUCGAUCUGCUGUGCAGUGUCUCCACCUGCGGGUGAACCUCAGAGAGUGGACGGCUACCUACUCGCCGGCUGCGUCUGGGAGCAGCGGGAGUGUCUGUACGGCUUUACAAGGAGAUGCAAUUGUCCUCAUUCGCACUGAGGAUCUUUUUAACCUCUCUGUCCCUCUGGGGCGUCCCCUCUUCUCCUCGCUCUUUGUCCAGACUGCCUUGAGAGGCUGGAAGGUCAAGCUGCUGGAGAGCCCAUGUUUCUCCGCAAACCACCGGCCCCUGUUCAGCUCCGCUCACAACCAAUGGAAGGCAGACUCUCGACUUAAGGAGGCCACCGGGAAACUCAUGAGGAGCUUUGGUCUGAAGCGUCUCCUGCUGCCUGAUGGGAAAGAACAGUGGUAUGGCUGCAGUAAAGAGACGCCUCGCUGCUUUGGCACUGUGCAGGAUGACACUCCAGACUACCUGUAUCUGGAUCGCUGGACACCUCCCUGCUGUUUGCGAGCUCUCAGGGAAACCACCAAGUAUGUCAUCAAUAUCCUGGAGACCUCAGGUGUGCGCUACUGGCUAGAAGGGGGAACUCUACUGGGCGCCGUCCGCCAUCAGGACAUCAUCCCAUGGGAUUAUGAUGUGGACCUGGGCAUCUACCUGGAGGAUAUUCCUAACUGUGAUCACUUGAAGAACCUGGACGCAGGCUCUCUUGUGGAUGCUAAUGGCUAUGUCUGGGAGCGUGCAGUGGAAGGAGACUUCUACAGAGUCCAGUACAGCGAGGCCAACCAUCUGCAUGUUGACCUGUGGCCGUUCUAUCCACGCAAUGGCGUCAUGACGAAAGACACAUGGACAGAGCACAAACAAGACGUGGAGUUCCCAGAGCACUUCCUGCAGCCGCUGGUGCCCAUGUCCUUUGCCGGCAUCACUGCCUACAGCCCCAACAACCACAGAGCAUUCUUGGAGCUCAAGUUCGGAGAGGGAGUUAUUGAGAAUCCCCAGUAUCCCAACCCCGCAAAAAAGAGGCUGGACAGAAGCAAAUUAUGAGAUAAUGGAGACACACCAGCCCUUUUAUUUCGUACUGUAUUUGUUUAUCUAACACAACACAGAAAAUCUUGCCUCAAUGUAUUAUUUUUUAAAACUGCCUAAAAGAUGAGGCUUGGAAACUACUAUGGUGCCAAAAUGACUGCAUUUGCUGUCAGUUUUUCAAAAAUGUAAAUCCGUACACAAGCGCAUUUACACCUGGAAUACCUCAGAGUCAAAGACUGGUUUGACUACAUGGUGAACUAAAUCUGUGUGUUCUAUAGUAAUGUAUACGUGUGACUGCUGAAAAAAUUAUAAAUACUUUUAAAUUAUAUUGAUAUUGGUUUCUUGUUAAAAGCUAGAGUGUACAAAGUCUUAAGCAGGAUUUGAAGUUUUGUACAGAAUUAUUUAAAAAUAAGUGGUUAUGAAUUUCUUUACUGUGUUGCAGAUUUGCACGGAUUGUUUUCAGUUUUGCACAGUUUAUGAAUGAAUGUUACGUAUCUCUGUGCCACUUGCUGGGGUGAGUACAUUUUCAUGUGGUGAAAUGAGAAACGCACCAUUCAUCCUGUUAUUGUUGGCAUAUGGAGACAAUAAAAUGUUGCUCUAUCAGGCCUUAGCAUUCAGUUAAAAACAUGAAACUGUGUGUUAAUACUGAGUGCCCAUUACAUACUGACUGAAAUGGAAUAUCAUUUCAGUAGAUUAUUAAUAGAAAACCUUUUAAAAGAAGUUGCAUACAAAACCCACCAGCAUCUCUGGGUACGUUUCCUGUAGUGUUACUUGAGUGUGAUGUAUCAAGGUGUAACCUCGGUUCAUUAACUGGUAAAAUAAAGAAGUUGUAAUGGA